ACAGCUCUGCCCUCACAACCAGACCACAAGAUCAACAAGGGCAAAGUCCCCGACAGCAACCUGUUGUCCUUUGCAAAGGACAGUGCUUCCAUGAAAGGUGUAAACUAAGGAUCCAUCACAUCUUCUCAUCUGAUCCUAACACUUUGGAUAUAAUACUUUUCUCUACUCAGCCAUGACUGUUUCAGUCUUCUUCAACCUCGUGUUUAUCUGCUCUCUGAACCUGCUGCUCCUGACAUUGGCGGGUUUAAGCUUGAGCAGUCCCAUCAGGUCCCUCAAGAACCAUAACAGGGCAACAGUCGGAAGGGACAUGGGUGAUAACCCGCUGCUUGAUGCACAAGACUUUCUGAGCCAGUUUCUUUCCACAUUAAACUUGACAGAGCUGAGGGCCCAGUCCGAGCUCCGUGCUGCCUAUAAGGAGCCACCAGACUACAUGCUGGAGCUGUACAACCGCUUUGCCCACGACCGCACUGCAGUGCCGUCAGCCAGCAUUGUGCGCAGUUUCAAGAAUGAAGAUCCCUCCCCCUAUAAAAUAACACCAAGGGGUGUCAGGAUACAUCCCCUGCUGUUCAACAUCUCAAUGCGCCACCAUGAACACAUAACAUUAGCUGAGCUUCGACUUUUCACCCUGAUCAGUAAGGCACAAAGACCAUAUGCGGGCAUUGACUGCAAGGUGACCAUCUACAAAAUUCAUGAGGACGUCAUUUGGACAAAAAAGGUGGGGAAAGAAGGGAGAAGGAGGGAUAAGGUGGAGGUGGUGGAGAUGGAUGAUUUGGAGGAACUGGUGACAAAGCAUAUCCAUGCCAGAGAUAACAGCUGGGUGUCGUUUGACCUGACUCGUGCUGUAACACUCUGGAGGAAGUCAGGGUGGACAAAUCACAGACUGGAAGUUCAUAUAACAAGUCUGGGGUCAGAGGUCGCAGAGGAGGGCAGGAGCUUGGUUGAGAUUGACAUUGAACGGAGCCCUGCAGGGACACACAAUGCAGUGAUGAUUGUAUUCUCAGAUGAACAAACCAGAGACCACAAACAGGACAAACACGAGUUAAAUCAGAUGAUCAAACACGAGAAUGACCUUCCCGAAAAUGAGUCCGGGAGCCAACAAGCUUUCUGGGGGAACCACAACACCGGCCCUGCUAACCAGGACGGGCUGGGCAAAGAGUCUUUCACGCAACUUCAGUCCAACCUUAUCUAUGACACGCCCUCUCGAAUCCGUCGCAAUGUUAAGAGCGAGCCAUGCAAGAGGACCCCGCUCUUUGUGGAUUUUAAAGACAUUGGCUGGGAUAAGUGGAUCAUCCAGCCUCUGAGUUAUGAGGCAUAUGAGUGCAAUGGAGUGUGCAAUCCGCCCAUGACCGAUGAGGUCUCGCCCACCAAUCAUGCCAUAGUGCAGACACUGCUAAGUGUUAAGAGUCCUGAGAGAGCAUCACGUGCCUGUUGUGUACCCACUAAGCUGGAGCCAAUCUCACUCCUUUAUCAUGAUAAUGGUGUGAUCACUUACAACCACAAGUAUGAGGGCAUGGUGGUGGCAGAGUGUGGAUGUAGAUAGUCUUUAAGGUGUUGCUUUUCACUUUAUUUACACGGCAACUAGUUUCCUCUGACAUCACACUUAGGGAGGGAGGGGUUGAUGUAAUGCUGUGUUUGUAAAUAAGUAAACCAAAAAUAAUCUGACUUUUUAAUUUGUAUUUAUCCGCUUCCCAAUUGAUGAGCAAUUCCAAAGACAUGACGUGUAAUGGAAAUAUGGACAGACGACAGGCUAUAGUAAAGUCAAAUGAUAGAUUUGAUAACAACUCUGGCAACACCAAACAAUAGCUAAUGUUAGCUUUCAACCACUUCUAAAUUAACAUUACUGUCAUAGUGGUAAAAUGUAUCAUAGGAAAGACACACAAUGUGUGUGUCAAGACAUGUCUUCUACUGGGAUGGCCCAGCUGGGGCAUCGACUCAUGCAGGGUUGGCGUGAGGUGUGUGGGGGCAUACGCACGCAAAGUUAAUUACAUAUUUGACCCUUUCUAUCCCCACUAAUGAUAUGUAGGUGACAUGUUUUGGCAGCAUAUAAAACUUCUUCGCUUGAUACUUUAGGGACUCAAACACAAAGGCGUGCAAAAUUGCACUUUCAAAAACUUAUUCAAUUGCAUGCAAACUCUUGUACGG